AUGUCUAAACUACAGCAGAUCAAUGUGUUUCUCAACGAAAAAUUAACAGCAGUUCCUUUGGAGAUAUCCGUGUUAGUUAAAAAAACGAUCGCAGAACACCAGGAAGAAAUCUCCCGUUUGAAACAGGCGAAUGCACGUUUACGAAGACUGCUGGAUUUGGUUUUCAAACCAGAGAUAAAGUUGCAUAGAUUAGCAGGUUUGUGACAACGUCUCUCUAUUUGACAUUCAUUUUACAUUGUAGCCUAGUUAUAGUCAUUUAAAUUUAAGGGGCUUUGAGUAGCACAUAAUUUCGCCUAGUCAUAUACAGUUGCGCCCAAAUUACAAUUCCGGCCGACAGAUGGCUCUACCUUUUACGUAGUUUGUCAUUGCAUCCAACUGGAAUGUAUGUACGCCGGCGCCGGCUCGUAUGUAAAACAUCCUCCAUUUACAUUUAAGUCAUUUAGCAGACGCUCUUAUCCAGAGCGACUUACAGUUAGUGAGUACAUACAUUUUUCAUACUGGAGGUUGCAAAUUUAGGCUGCAAAGCGUCGAUUUCCUGCUUAAAUAUCAACAAAUGAUUGGAACCCAGGAGCUAGUACUUGGUUUAACAGUUUUUGGCCAAGAUAACGAGAAGUAUCCAGUUUCAGAUAAUGCACGCUAAGGCCGCCCGGUCUGCGAACAUCAACGUGCAUGCUUCUAAGAUUGAAUGUGUGAGCGCAACCUGCAGAUGUUUGUUGGUCGCGUGAGUCAGUAGCUUUGUUCUAGGGUGUCAAGUGUGCUAUGCCAAAGAUUAUGGAUAUACUGACAAGAUGCAUGUCUCUCCGCCCUAACAAUGGAAGUCGUCCACAAAGCGGUACAGCGGUCUGUCUCAUUAUUGUAUUCCUUUUUGAGGAGGGUUGUUAACAUCAACCGCCAGUAUUCAAUGGAGAGAUAUGCUAUGCUACUAGCCUCAAUGCAUGAAUAUGCAUAACCAUCUCGAAAACAACUCAAUGUGUUUUUUCUUUUAGUUGCCAGGAUGUCACUUGUCUUACUUAUAUCAGUACAUUCAUAACAAUUUAAGCAUUACGAAACUAUUAUUUGAUCAAAUCAACCUCACUUAGCAACAAAUGGGGGUGCAAUGCAAAUAGUCUGGGUAGCCAUUUGAUUAGAUGUUCAGGAGUCUUAUGGCUUGGGGAUAGAAGCUGUUUAGAAGCCUCUUGGACCUAGACUUGGCGCUCCGGUACCGCUUGCCGUGCGGUAGCAGAGAGAACAGUCUGACUAGGGUGGCUGGAGGCUUUGACCAUUUUUAGGGCCUUCCUCUGACACCGCCUGCUAUAGAGGUCCUGGAUGGCAGGAAGCUUGGCCCCAGUGAUGUACUGGGCUGUACGCACUACCCUCUGUAGUGCCUUGCGGUCGGAGGCCGAGCAGUUGCCAUACCAGGCAGUGAUGCAACCAGACAGGAUGCUCUCGAUGGUGCAGCUGUAGAACCUUUUGAGGAUCUGAGGACCCAUGCCAAAUCUUUUCAGUCUCCUGAGGGGGAAUAGGUUUUGUCGUGCCCUCUUCACGACUGUCUUGGUGUGCAUGGACCGUGUUAGUUUGUUGGUGAUGUGGACACCAAGGAACUUGAAGCUCUCAACCUGCUCCACUACAGUCCCGCCGAUGAGAAUGGGGGCGUGCUCAGUCCUCUUAUUUUUCCUGUAGUCCACAAUCAUCUCCUUUGUCUUGAUCACGUUGAGGGAGAGAUUGUUGUCCUGGCACCACACAGCCAGGUCUCUGACUUAAUGAUGGUGUUGGAGUCGUGCCUGGCCAUGCAGUCAUGAGUGAACAGGGAGUACAGGAGGGGACUGAGCACGCACCCCUGAGGGGCCCUCGUGUUGAGGAUCAGCGUGGCGGAUGUGUUGUUACCUACCCUUACCACCUGGGGGGCGGCCCGUCAGGAAGUACAGGAUCCAAUUGCAGAGGGAGGUGUUUAGUCCCAGGGUCCUUAGCUUGGUGAUGAGCUUUGUGGGCACUAUGGUGUUGAAUGCUGAGCUGUAGUCAACGAACACCAUUCUCACAUAGGUGUUCCUUUUGUCCAGGUGGGAAAGGGCAGUGUGGAGUGCAAUAGAUAUUGCAUAAUCUGUGGAUCUGUUGGGGCAGUCACUGGGCAGCUUGCGGCUGUGCUUCCCUUUGUAGUCCGUAAUAGUUUGCAAGCCCUGCCACAUCCGACGAGCGUCGCAGCCGGUGUAGUACAAUUCGAUCUUAGUCCUGUAUUGACGCUUUGCCUGUUUGAUGGUUCGUCGGAGGGCAUAGCAGGAUUUCUUAUAAGAUUCCGGGUUAGUGUCCCGCUCCUUGAAAGCGGCAGCUCUACCCUUUAGCUCAGUGCGGCUGUUGCCUGUAUACCAUAGCUUCUGGUUGGGGUAUGUACGUACAGUCACUGUGGGGACGACGUCAUCGAUGCACUUAUUGAUGAAGCCAGUGACUGAUGUGGUGUACUCCUCAAUGUCAUCGGAAGAAUCCCGGAACAUAUUCCAGUCUGUGCUAGCAUAACAGUCCUGUAGCUUAGCAUCUGCUUCAUCUGACCACUUUUUUAUUGACCAAGUCACUGGUGCUUCCUGCUUUAGUUUUAGCUUGUAAACAGGAAUCAGGAGGAUAGAAUUAUGGUCAGAUUGCCAAAUGGAGGGCGAGGGAGAGCAUUGUAUGUGGAGUAAAGGUGGUCUAGAGUUUUUUUUCCCUCUGGUUGCACAUUUAACAUGCUGGUAGAAAUUAGGUAAAACUAAUUUAAGUUUCCCUGCAUUAGUCCCGGCCACUAGGAGCACCGCCUCUGGAUGAGCGUUUUCCUGUUUGCUUAUGGCCGAAUACAGCUCAUUGAGUGCGGUCUUAGUACCUGUAUCGGUUUGUGGUGGUAAAUAGACAGCUACGAAGAAUAUGGAUGAAAACUCUCUUAGUGGAUAGUGUGGUCUACAGCUUAUCAUGAGAUACUCUAUCUCAGGCGAGCAAAACCUCAAGACUUCCUUAGAUAUUGUGCACCAGCAAUUGUUUACAAAUAUACAUAGACCGCCACCCCUUGUCUUACUAGAGGCUGCUGUUCUAUCCUGCCGAUACAGUGUAUAACCCGCCAGCUGUAUGUUAUUCAUGUCGUCGUUCAGCCACGACUCGGUGAAACAUAAGAUAUUACAGUUUUUAAUGUCCGGUUGGUAGGAUAUAUGUGCUUUUAGUUCGUCCACUUUAUUAUCCAGCGAUUGUACGUUGGCCAAUACCGAUGGCAAAGGCAGAUUAACUACUCGUCGUCGGCUCCUUUUCAGGCACCCCGAUCUCGUUCCGCGAUAUCUCCGUCUCUUUCUCCUGCGAAUGACGGGGAUGAGGGCCCUGUCGGGUGUCUGGAGCAAAUCCCUCUAGUCUGCAUAUUUCCGUUAGGGAACGCCUACUCUGAAGUGCGGGUGUGCAAUAACUCAAUUCGCCUUUGCACUCCUUCUAAACAAAGUGAGUUUUAAAUACUUUUGCAAAGGGUAAAGUCUACAAACUGUAUUGAGAUAAAAUGUUUCAUAGAUGAGAAAAUUUGCAGAAUGUCGCACAAAAUCCAUUUAGUUCCAUCUUCUCCCACUGCCCGCCAGUGGGCUUCCUCUCACUACCAUAUUUGGUAGUGAGUGGAAACGCCAAGCGGAUGAUUCACAUUAUACAUCCAGUGAAAUAUCUGUAUCAUUGUUCUAUCUGUGGCUAGAGUACACGCUAGAUAGGUUGUACACAAAGAGAAUGAUAGAGGCCUCUAGUGGCCAAAAGGCCGUAUUAGCAUGGGCAGCGCAAUUGAGGGCUUCCACCAUUUUAAUGUAGUCAACUGGGUGGGACUUCCAACUUCAUUGGCUGAUCCCUCCUGGUGACCGGGUUGGAGUCAUGUCCAACCGGGUCAUCAGGAGGGAUCAGCCAAUCAUGAAGAAGAAAAUGUACUACUACAAAAUGGAGAUUGCCUCAAUGGCACUGCCCAUGCUGUCACAGACACUAUAAUGGCACAUACCGUAAAACUUCAAUUAAACGCUGUCCCUUUUAAUAGCCGGGCAAUGGCACACAUUUCAACAAAUAAACGCCUGUUUCAAAUAAACGCCUAGUCUAAAUGAAUUGUUUAUGGGGUUACCAUUAAUUGUUUGAGGAUUAAUGUUUGAUUUGUUACAUUGAAUAAUUCAGAAAUGACUCGAAAAAUGAUGGCUAUCGUUCCGUUUUUAUUACCAGUAAGAAACUGCAAGCCAUUGGCUGCUAACAGCUGAGAACUGCCAGCUAACUGGCACAAAAACAGUCUACAACUUCGGGAGAACAGACCCCCAGAAAUCGUCUGAUGAAAGUAAUAAUUGCCGAAAAUGCACAGUAAGAGGAGAAUAAUUAUUCUGUCAAGGAAAUGUUUUUUUGUUGUUGUUUUUGAAAUAGAGGCAUACUAAGACAAAACAAACGUGACACAGUGUGUAAAGGAAAACACAUUAGUGCAGGAAAUGAAGAAAUUGAUUAAAAUGCUGGAAGUUAAUGCAGGAAUUAAACAAUUCACUAUGCAAAUGAGCAAAUGCUGUGUGCAUUAAGGAAAUAGACUCCUGGCUCAAAUAGAAGCCUGUCUCUAAUAAGCGCCUGUUGUGUUCAGUGAUUUAAGCAAAUAAACACCUGGGCUAUUAAUUUUUACGGUAUACAAAGAUGAGUCUAUCUAUGGCUAGUACACACUAGCUAUAGUACACAUCAGCUGUAGAACACGCUAGCUAGUACACACCCUUGCCUUGCGGUAACACAGAGUUUCUAAUCCCAGAGGCGCAACAUCGCGAGACUUCUGGGAACGCUUGCGAAGCAGACCAAGCAGAUUAGGCUGGGGUUUGGGGUUUGAGAAGUCAAUGAGCGAAGUGAAAAAUUAUUAUUUAGUUGUUAAUUUUCUCUAAAUCUAACCUAGAUUCGAGCCAAUGUCUUAAGUAGUUGAACAUGUUAUUACUACAACCUUGUGUAAGUGACAAACUGACAACUUUAUAUCGAAGGAGUUCCUUUGAUUUGAUGGCCUGCACAUGCGAGACGACCGUUAGACUCGAUGACGUGUUUCUGUGCAUGAGCUUAGCUAGCCAACGUCGCCAUGACAUUUCCUACAAGCGUCAUCGGGGAUUUCUAUUGUAGAAGCAGCUUCUGCCUAUCUUCAUACCUUACCGUCUUUGGCGGUAACACACCAUCCUCUCUGGCACCAUUCGACCUGUCUGAGCUCGUAUGCCUCAGAGCGUCUAUCCUGAGAAGAUAUUUGCUGUAGCCAGACAAUAUUGACGAUAACUGCAGACAAAUGCUUCUCAUAACCAUCAAUGAGCUUGCAAUGUCCCAGUCUUCAAAAGCAAACUGCUCUAAUUCUUUCAUGUUUGAGGGGGUGCCCUACAACAACUGCUGUUUGUGGAGUGUACAAAACAUUAGGAACACCUUUCCAUGACAGACUGACCAGGUGAAUCCAGGUGAAAGCUAUGAUCUCUUAUUGAUGUCACUUGUUAAAUCUACUUCAAUCAGUGUAGAUGAAGGGGAGGAGACACGCUAAAACAUUUUUUUAAGCCUUGAGACAAUUGUGAAUGUUUGCCAUUUAGAGGGUGAAUGGGCAAGACAAAAAAUGUACGUGCUUUUGAAUGGGGUAUGGUAGUAGGUGCCAGGCACACUGGUUUGAGUGUAUAAUGAACUGAAACGCUGCUGGGGUUUUCACGCGCAACAGUUUCCCGUGUGUAUCAAGAAUGGUCCACCACCCAAAGGACAUCAAGCCAACUUAACAACUGUGGGAAGCAUUGGAGUCAACAUGGGCCAGCAUCCCUGUCCAUGCCCCGAUGAAUUGAGGCUGUCCUGAGGGCAAAAGGGGGUGCAACUCAAUAUUAGGAACACCUUCCUUUGUGUAUUUGGCUGCAGCUGUAGCAACUGACUAGAAUAAAAUAUGUGAUGUUAGCUCUGCUAGCUAGCCAAGUAUCAUUAUCUGCUCAAUAAUAUUGCAAUUACAAUAUAUAAUUUUGCCAGAAAUACUGUCAGGAAAUGUGGCUUUAGGGUCGUUCCGUUUGAUUUCAAUCACUUUUUGACCGCACACCUUUUGAUUUGAACAAAACUUUCCAUACAUAUUUGCCCAUGGUAGGAGUGGUCAGAAAAUUACUUUUUGUACCUGAAUGCCAAAACAUUUAGGAGAUAGAGGUGCUCAAAGUUGACCUCAAAGUUGAACGGAACAACCCUAUAGAAAAUGUAGGCCUACUUCAAAAAAGAAGACUGUGUUAAUUUGUCAAUCAUUUUCUAUAUUUUAGGCCAUUUUGUCUUAAAUUUGAAUUAGUAUUUUACUGUUGCAGCACAAAUGUUGAUAGCAUACUGUACACUGUGUGCAGAAUUACAGUUUCAGGGUAUACCAUUGUACAGUGCCUUCGGAAAGUAUUCAGACCCCUUGACUUUUCCACAUUUAGUUACGUUACAGCCUUAUUCUAAAAUGUAUGUAAAAAAUAAUUUUUAUCAGGAAUCUACACACAAUACCCCAUAAUGACAAAGCAAAAACAGGUUUUGAGAAAUAUUUGCAAAUGUAUUACAAAAAAAAGAAAUACCUUAUUUACAUAAGUAUUCAGACCCUUUGCUAUGAGACUAGAAAUUGAGCUCAGGUGCAUCCUGUUUUCAUUGAUCAUCCUUGAGAUGUUUCUACAACUUGAUUGGAGCCCACCUGUGGUAAAUUCAAUUGAUUGGACAUGAUUUGGAAAGGCACAGACCUGCCUAUAUAAGGUCCACAGUUGACAGUGCAUGUCAGAGCAAAAACCAAGCCAUGAGGUCGAAAUAAUUGUCUGUAGAGCUCAGAGACAGGAUUGUGUCCAGGCACAGACCUGGGGAAGGGUACCAAAAUAUUUCUGCAGCAUUGAAGGUCCCCAAGAACACAGUGGCCUCCAUCAUUCUUAAAUGGAAGAAGUUUGGAACCACCGAAACUCUUCCUAGAGCUGGCCGCCCGGCCAAACUGAGCAAUCGGGGGAGAAGGACCUUGGUCAGGGAGGUGACCAAGAAUCCGAUGGUCACUCUGACAGAGCUCUAGAGUUCCUCUGUGGAGAUGGGUGAACCUUCCAGAAGGACAGCCAUCUCUGCAGCACUCCACCAAUCAGGCCUUUAUGGUAGAGUGGCCAGACAGAAGCCACUCCUCAGUAAAAGGCACACGACAGCCCGCUUGGAGUUUGCCAAAAGGCACCUAAAGACUCUCAGACCAUGAGAAACAAGAUUCUCUGGUCUGAUGAAACCAAGAUUGAACUCUUUGGCCUGAAUGCCAAGCGUCACAUUUGGAGGAAACCUGGCACCAUCCCUACGGUGAAGCAUGGUGGUGGCAGCAUCAUGCUUUGGGGAUCUUUUUCAUUGGCAGGGACUGGGAGACUAGUCAGGAUCGAGGCAAAGAUUACCUGAGCAAGGUACAGAGAGAUCCUUGAUGAAAACCUGCUCCAGAGCACUCAAGACCUCAGACUGGGGCGAAGGUUCACCUUCCAACAGGACAAUGACCCUAAGCACACAGCCAAGACAACACAGGAGUGGCUUUGGGACAAGUAUCAGAAUGUCCUUGAGUGGCCCAGCCAGAGCCCGGACUUGAACCCGAUCGAACUUCUCUGGAGAGACCUGAAAAUAGCUGUGCAGCAACGCUCCCCAUCCAACCUGACAGAGCUUGAGAGGAUCUGCAGAGAAGAAUGGGAUAAACUCCCCAAAUACAGGUGUGCCAAGCUUGUAGCGUCAUACUCAAGAAGACUCGAGGCUGUAAUCGCUGCCAAAGGCGCUUCAACAAAGUACUGAGAGUAUAUAAAUGUGAUAUUUCAGUUUUAUUUAAAAAAUAUAUAUUAGCAAACAUUUAUGAAAACCUGUUUUUGCUUUGUCAUUAUGGGGUAUUGUGUGUAGAUUGAUGACGAAAGUAAACAAUUUAAUCAAUUUUAGAAUAAGGCUGUAACGUAACAGAAUGUGGAAAAAGUCAAGGGGUCUGAAUACUUUCCGAAGGCAUCUUGCAUUCAAAUUAAUUCACGCUGAAAUGACUAUCAUACAUGUUUAGCCAGCCUGGUCUCAGAGCAUUUCAUAUUAUUCUUUACGUUAAUCAGAGAUACUUCAUUUAGUAUGAUAUGGUAUGGUAAGUUUUAAUUUGUGAAUGUCCCCGUCCACCAUCCAUGUUACGAAUGAGCAAAACAUACAAUAUGUGACACAUUUACAAAACGUAUCAUAUGUUACGGAUUACAAUUUGUUGUGGCUAAUGUUAGCUAGGUGGCUAACACUAGCGAGCUGGCUAAUGUUAGCUAGGCUAGUUGUUACGGUUUGGAGUUAGGUUAAACUGUUAGGGUUAGCUAAAAGUGUUAGGGAAGGGGUUAGCUAACAUGCUAAGUAGCUAAAAAGUAGUAAGUAGUUGAAAAGUUGCUAAUUAGCUAAAAUGCUAAAGUUAUCUGUGAUGAGCUUCAAACCUUUGGGUUAUUUUGUUUUUUGCCUUAAGUAACAUUCUGUCUUAUGUAACCAUACCAAACGUCCCGGAUUUACAUUUACUAUGUUACGUCUUUUCAUCAAAUGUCAUCCUUUCUCCUUACCCCCAGACCUCCAGCAGCUCACUCUCACUGAAGAGGAGGUUAACCCUGAGCAGCAGCACUGUGAGCAGGAAUGGAACGCCUGUCUGGGGCCGCAGGAGUCUGAUGCCGAAGAGUCUAUAUGGAACUCUAUCAACAUCUUAACUGUAGAGAACCGGACAGAAUCUGAUGGCGAGAGCUACGGCGAGUCCGAAUCAACCAGUGACUAUGAGCCCCCCUCUGACAGUGACAACAGCGAAGGUGAUAAUGUUAAAGUAAAUCUGGAGAAUAGAAUACGAUUGUCAGGGUUAAAGCCUCUUAAAUCAAAGAGAGGAAGAGGACGGCCAAGGAAAGAAACCAGGGCGUUGCCUGAUCUAAAAUGUGAUGUAUGCAUAAAAUGUUUUGCGACAGCAAGUGGUCUGAGAAGGCAUCUGCAAAAUUGGCACAGUGAAGAGAGACCAAUAGGACUGCUAAGGAAAGAAUCCAGUGAGUUGUUGGAUCUGAAAUGUAACGUUUGCGGAAAAUGCUUGGCGACGGCACGUAGUCUGAAAAGGCAUCGGCAACUCCGGCACAGUGAAGAGAGACCAUACAUGUGCGACACAUGUGGACAAUGUUUUGCCUUGAACCGCUACCUGAUCCGGCACAUGAAGAUUCACGCAGAUGAGAGACAACAUUGCUGCACCAAAUGUGGCAAACGUUUCUUUCACAAGGAAAGUCUGAAAAAUCAUAUGGUUAAUAUUCAUACAGGGCUGGUUUUUAAAUGUGAUUUGUGUGGAAAAUGCUUGUCAACAAAAGGUCGUCUGAAACUGCAUCGGCAAAAUCACACUGGGGAGAAAUCCCAUCCGUGCAAAGAAUGUGACAAAGCCUUCGACUGUGAGUCUGGCUUGAUAAAGCAUAUGAGGACUCACACUGGGGAGAAACCAUUUCAGUGCAAAGAAUGUGGCAAAUGCUUCGGCGAGAAGGGAAGCCUGACAAAGCAUAUGAUGACUCACACACAGGAGAAACCACAUCGCUGCAACGAAUGUGGCAGAUGCUUCAAUCUAAAGGGAAACCUGACAGUGCAUAUGAGGACACAUACGGGGGAGGGAGUUCAAUGUCAUUUGUGUGGAACUUACUUGAAGUUAGCAUCAAGUCUGAAGAGACAUCUCCGAACUCACAGAAGAAAUAUUGACAAAGACUAAGAACACGUAACAAUGCAAUUUGUUAAAUGUGUUAGAUGGAAGGUAGAAGAGACCGUAUCAAGAAGACAGCCCUCAGAUCACUGCUCUUGGUUAAUGGUACAGUUUGCCAUCUGGGAAUCUGUUCAAUGGUCAUUCUAAGAGAGUUUGUCAGAUGUCACGGAGCUGGGUCAGUCCGUGCCUGUGUUCUGACAUUGAAACGGUUUAGGCCCAUUGGCUUAUGAAAUGAAUUUAUUAAAUGUUAUAUGUGUGUUGUGAGGUCCCUCUGUACCGCUAAUGUUGAUCUAUAAAGAAACGCAUGUAUGUUUGUCAGAUGCCGACAUUCAAUUGGUUUUGGGCACGCCAAACCUUUGCUUGAAGCUCCGCUAAUUUACUCUGUGCAAUCAUGCUUUUGCUUAUUCAUUUUACCAUUCAAGUGCACAUGUUUUGGUUAUGUUAAAGGUAGGAAUUGUUUGCAAACUUACCUGGUAAGGGUCAUUUGAAAGGAUAAUUGUUUGUUCCACUCUGUAAUGCUCCCAGCCUGGUCUCAUAGACUAGAUGUAGCAUCGUAAACGUAACCCAGCUAACAGCCAGCCUGCUAGCUAACAUUAGCGUUAGCCACCUAGCUGUCUAGCUAAUAUUAGCCGCCUAGCUAAAGUUAGCCACACCAAAUUGGAAUUUGUAACAUAUACGUUUUGCAAAUUCGUAACAUACCAUACGAAAUGUAUGAUGGACAUCCACAAAUUAAUACAUACCAUACGAAACAUAACAUAUCAUACUAAAUGGAGUGUCGCGGAUUUAGGUACAGAAUACCUCGACUAACCUGUACCCCCGCACAUUGACUCGGUACCGGUACCCUCUGUAUAUACCUUCAUUGUUAUUUUAUUGUGUUACUUUUUUGUAUUUUUCAUUUUUUACUUUAGUUUAUUUAGUAAAUAUUUUCUUAACUCUAUUUUUUAAACUGCAUUGUUGGAUAAGGGGUUGUAAGUAAGCAUUUCACGGUAUUCGGUGCAUGUGACAAAUAAAAUGUGAUUUGAUUUAGAGUAAUACAAAAUGCUCUGAGACCAGGUUGAUGCUCCUCUGCAUCUGGAGGUGUGUCCAACAGAGCUGUGUUCAGGAGCGCUACUUAUCCUGUGCUACUGGGCUCUAUAAUGUGGUUGAAUCCCGGGGGGGGGUGGGGGGGCUGUUACCCAAAGCUAUUAUAUGCUUUAUGCAAAUACUGUUAUUUAAGUGUGUAUAUUUAUGAAUUGUCAAUGUGAUUACCUUUUUAUGGUUAUUGAUCAUUUCAUUAAUGUAUUUUGACCAUUUAGUUGUGAUCGGUCAAAAGUGGUACAUUCCAAGGUGAGGCCUGAGGGACUUGUAUUUAAACCCUGCCAUUUCAUUGUUGGCCAGACAGAGACAGGGGUAAGGUGCCAUGCUGGUCGUAGGGGACACACUCUUUUCACGGCACUUUGAUACAAAGUGAUUUUCAUGGCAGGUUAGGAGAGCACUUUCGCUAACCCUAACCCUUUUCUUAACCUCAAUCUCAAUCUUAUCCAGAGUGACUUACAAAUUGGUGCAUUCACCUUAUGAUAGCCAGUGGGACAACCACUUUACAAAUGUUAUUAUUAUUAUUUAUUUUUUAUUGUGCUUUUUUAUUUAUUUGUAUUAUUAUUUUAUAUAUUUUGUGGGGGGGGGGGGGGGGUAGAAGGAUUACUUUUAUACUAUCCCAGGUAUUCCUUAAUGAGGUAGGGUUUCAAGUGUCUCCGGAAGGUGGUCAGUGACUCCGCUGUCCUGGCGUCGUGAGGGAGCUUGUUCCACCAUUGGUGUGCCAGAGCAGCGAACAGUUUUGACUGGGCUGAGCGGGAACUGUGCAUCCGCAGAGGUAGGGGGACCAGCAGGCCAGAGGUGGAAGAACGUAAUGUCCUUGUUUGGGUGUAGGGACUGAUCAGAGCCUGAAGGUAAGGAGGUGCCGUUCCCCUCACAGCUCCAUAGGCAUCUCCUAACCUGCUACGUUAAGUAUCCUAACCUGCUGCGUAAGUUCUCCUAACCUGCUACGGAAAAGUCACGUCGGUAUCGAAGUGCUGUGAAAAGAGUGUUUCCCGCUGGCGUACACUAUAUUUUCAGGCAUGAUGGAGGCCUGGUUUAUUUUGAGCACUCUACUUAUUUGAUUUACCCCCACUUUGUUUCCUCGUCCUGUUUGUUAUUUUCCGUUGUACAUGUGUACAGUUUGCCAACUACUCUACGUCACUGUAAAUAAACAUCCGCCCCUGGACAUUGCACUGCUACUUCUUGUCUGCCUCCUCACUGAAACCUCCACCUAUAGGGGAGCCUCCGUUACAUCAGACAUGUUCAGAACUCUAUCAGUAUAAACCAAGUUUUGUAGAUCUAGCUAUAUGCCUUCACCCCAAAUGAAUGGAAAAGAUAACAAUCAAAUCAAACCAGGGAAACCAGGAAAUUAUGGUGCUGAUCUUUUCCAUUCAUUUGGGAUUGAGGGUAUAUAGUUGGAUCUACACAGCAGAUUGCCUGAGAUGUUGACAUAUCUCAACAUUAGUCUACUUUUGAGUUCAGUGAAAUGUAACUUUAAUUUCUAAGAAAUAUAAUUUGUUAUGAUUGAGUGACACAGGACAGCUAGGCUACUGACAUAUGUCUGUUCACAAAGCUCUAAUGGUGAUGUUGCUAUUUAAGGAUUAUCAGGUUGAAAACAUGUUUUACAUGGUUACUUUUGGGGAAAAACUUUAAUUUGUAUCCACUGUAGCUUUUGAAUCACUGCAGAGUUGUUUCCUGUUUCAGUCACCUCUGGUCACGUUAGCGUGGGUAAAAUACAAAAAACACCCUAAAGAUUGACAAAGAGUGCAUCCCACAAUGCAGGCGAUGUUCAGUAAAAUAUCUAUAUAAUAUGUUCUUACGGGCGGCGGUCCUUACCUGUGAGUGUUCUGCUCGAAUGACUCGAGUGUGACAUGUAAUCCAGCACGCAAACAGAACUAGUGGGAGUUGUAAUUCACAUUAUACUUUUUUUAACUUUCUGAGAUGUCUUACUUCUUGAGCAUUAAAUAUUUUUAUAACAGGCAUCGACUAUAAAUUAAUCCACAAAUCCAAAUAUUAUUUUAGAUAUAGGCCUAUCUUAAAUGACUGCGUUUUUCAUGAAUUGGAUUAUACCAUUUUGAAUCCCAUUGAAAACAAUAUGGGGCUGGAUACCAUAAAUGAAAGCAGAAAAGGUGGUCACUGUCCCACCGUUUUAGUUACUAGCACUAUUUGUCUCUUCAUCGUUGAAGUUUUCAUUAAAAUGUCUUCCUUUCUCCUUACCCCCAGACCUCCAGCAGCUCACUCUCACUGAAGAGGAGGUUAACCCUGAGCAGAAGCACUGUGAGCAGGAAUGGAACGCCUGUCUGAGGCCGCAGGAGUCUGAUGCCGAAGAGUCUAUAUGGAACUCUAUCAACAUCAUAACUGUAGAGAACCGGACAGAAUCUGAUGGCGAGAGCUACGGCGAGUCCGAAUCAACCAGUGACUAUGAGCCCCCCUCUGACAGUGACAACAGUGAAAGUGAUAAUGUAAUAGUAAAUCUGGAGAAUAGAAUACGAUUGUCAGGGUUAAAGCCUCUUAAAUCAAAGAGAGGAAAAGGACGGCCAAUGAAAGAAUCCAGGGAGUUGCCUGAUCUGAAAUGUGAUGUUUGCGGAAAAUGCUUUGUGACAAGAGGUGGUCUACGAAUGCAUGGGAAAAAUAGGCACAGUGAAGAGAGACCAUACAUGUGUGACAUAUGUGGACAA